AUGGACAUAGUUCGAGGUUUGCUUCGGGCGGUCACACCGUUGCCUGAUGGCGAUACCUGUGAUCGAAUGAGUUAUUGUUAUUCGACUACUAUUUUGGUUGUUAUGUCAGCUUUCAUCUCGGGAUGGAGUUUUGUUGGCUCUCCGAUACAGUGUUGGUUUCCAGCCUAUUAUCGAGGAUGGUGGAUGGAGUAUGCGCUAGAUUACUGCUACGUACAAAACACUUAUUUUGUACCGUUCACUGAUACUGUGCCAGACAAUUACUGGGAUAUCGCAGAACAUGUAAUUCCCAUACCGAAAAAUAUUACUCAUCGUGAGGAUCGAUUGAUUGGUUAUUACCAGUGGGUACCACUGGUUCUUGCCCUGCAGGCCAUACUUUUUUACCUGCCUGCAAUCAUUUGGCGAUCGCUUUAUACUGCCACAGGUAUAAAAGUCGCGGUCAUCUGUGAUACAUGUAGUAUGCGCUCAAACAUGGCUGUUAGUGAUCGGACAAAAAAUAUGGAAAAAAUUGCAUCAUUCCUAGCAUAUGAGCGUGAUAUACGGGCUUCAUUACGUGGCAGGACGUAUGACAUAACGUCAGGACGUUUUUUGGUUGCAUCAUAUUUGCUUACAAAAUUAUUAUAUGCCUUAAAUGCAUUGUUCCAAUUUUGGAUAAUCAAAAAUUUCCUCGGAGUAGAUAGUAUCUGGUGGGGUGCUCAGGUCUUUGGUGACCUUACUCAUGGUGUCGAAUGGCCGCAAACUGGCAAUUUUCCACGUAUAACACUUUGUGAUUUUGCUGUACGUGUUCUUGGCAAUCUUCAUCGACACACCGUACAGUGCGUAUUAAUGAUCAACAUGUUUAACGAGAAAAUAUUUUUGUUUCUAUGGUUUUGGCUGCUCUUCAUGUCAGCAUUCAGUGUUCUAAGUCUGAUACAAUGGUUAAUAAUCAGUGCAACGAAUGUUGGUGGUCGACAAAUGGUCAGCAGUUACCUUGAAAAAAUCGAUCCUGUAAGUAUUCACAGUUCACGUCGACGUGAAUUACUCGAUGAAUUUUUGGCAGAGAAACUACGACCUGAUGGCUUGUUUCUUCUGCGUUUAGUACAGUACAAUUCCGGUGAUAUCGUCACAUGUGAGUUAAUUGCGACUCUUUGGCAGCGAUUCGUAACGUUACGUACAAAUCCACCACCGUAUACAGAACCCUUACUACUAGAUAAGAAAAAAUGCUCUCCUGAAAGUGGAUUAUGA